AUGGAUGAAUUAAUUGGCAAUAAAAAACGUAAGAUUUCAUCAGAAGUCGAUUCAGAACAGACUCAACCAUGGGUAGAGAAAUAUAGACCUAAAAAAUUAGAUGAUGUUGCAGCUCAAGAACAUGCAGUUACUGUUUUAAAGAGGACUUUAGGUUCUGCUAAUUUACCUCAUAUGUUGUUUUAUGGUCCACCAGGUACUGGUAAAACCUCCACAAUUUUAGCAUUAACUAAAGAAUUAUUUGGACCAAAUCUAAUUAAAUCAAGAGUAUUAGAAUUAAAUGCAUCUGAUGAACGUGGUAUUUCAAUUGUUAGAGAAAAAGUUAAGAAUUUUGCAAGAUUAACUGUUUCAAAACCAUCUAAAGAAGAUUUAGAGAAAUAUCCAUGCCCACCAUAUAAGAUUAUUAUAUUAGAUGAAGCAGAUUCUAUGACAGCAGAUGCUCAAAGUGCUUUACGUAGAACCAUGGAAACUUAUUCUAAUAUUACAAGAUUUUGUUUAAUUUGUAAUUAUGUCACUAGAAUUAUCGAUCCAUUAGCUUCAAGAUGCUCCAAGUUCAGAUUUAAAGCCUUAGAUGAAACAAAUGCAUUAGAUAGACUAAAGUUUGUUGCUCAAGAAGAAAAUGUUAACUAUAAGGAGAAUGUUUUAGAAAAAAUCUUGGAAAUCUCUUCUGGUGAUCUAAGAAGAGCUAUUACUUUAUUACAAUCUGCUUCAAAAACUUCGACUUAUACAGAAAACUCAGAAAUUACCGUCAAUUUAGUAGAAGAACUUGCAGGUGUGGUUCCAUCACCUGCUCUAAACGAAAUAAUAGAGGUGGUUUCCUCAAAAAAUAUUGAUGCGGUAACUAAAUACCUUGACAAAUUUAUCAGAAAUGGUUGGUCAGGAACUUCAGUGGUAAACCAAUUACACAACCAUUAUAUUACCAGUGAAGACUAUUCAGCAGAUUUCAAAAAUAAAGUAUCUUGGAUUUUAUUCGAAACUGAUUCAAAAUUAAAUAAUGGUACUAAUGAACAUAUCCAACUAUUAAACUUAUUGGUUAAGAUAUCAAAUAUAAUUUAA